AUGCCAUCUGUUUUCUUAAUUGGCCCUGGCUUGAUCGGCGGAGAGGUGCUCGACCUCCUUCUGCGCGACAAGAAGUAUGAGAUCACGACCCUUGUGCGCAGGGAAGCUGCCCGGCCAGCCUUCCACGAACUCGGCGUCAAGACUGUCAUGGGAUCGUUAGCCGACAAAGACGUGAUUUCAAACCAAACAGCGGCCAGCGAUAUUGUGAUUCACACUGCUACUGCCGAUGACCUGCCCUCUGUACAAGCCGUCAUUGAAGGUGUCCGGCAACGAACCCAGCUCGGACAAGAGACCAUCUACAUCCACACUAGUGGAGCAAGUCUCAUCGGGGAUGGUUCAAAAGGCUCUUAUAAGAGCGAUAUGAUCUUCGACGACGAAACUCCAAGCUCCAUCGACUCACUUCCGGACCAUGCCCCCCAUCGAGAAAUCGACCUGGCCAUUGUGAAUGCACGCAAAGAGCUUUCGUCCCAUGCAAAGUUUGCGAUCAUGAUUCCACCGGUUAUUUACGGUGUCGGUACACGUGAGAAGCGACUCUCCAUCCAGCUCCCAACGCUGGUGCGAUAUUCCAUUAAGCAUGGAUAUCCCGGUAUGAUCGGCGAUGGCCUCUCUGUGUGGAACCAGGUACAUGUGAAAGACCUCGCGCGCGGCUACCUCACGCUUCUGCAAUGGUUGGAGCGGGCAUCCAGCAAGGACAUCUUCCCGAAUCCGUACUUCUUCUGUGAGAACGGCCAGGAGCUCUUGUGGGGGGAAUGCGCGGCUCAAAUUGGACGGAUCUUGAAGGAAGCAGGAAAAGUGGCAGAUUCAACUCCCAAGACUAUCCCAACGGAGAAGUACAAUGAUCUUUUCGGCGACUUUUCAGGUCUGGUGGUCGGGUCCAACGCCCGUAAUCGUGCUAAUCGGCUCCGCAAGCUGGGCUGGGAACCGCGGGAGAAGAACACCUUUGCUUCUCUGGAGGAGGAUGAGAUCCCCCUUAUCUUGCAGGAGAAGGGGGAGUUCAAUGGUUAUGCUGCUCCGGUAGCUUCGGGCAAGAUUUAA